AAAAAAGUAACCCAGGUGAACCAUGGUGAAACCAACAGUCACUCUGAUGUGCUGAACCUUUGCCGUUUGCCGUUGGCUCCGGGUUGCAGUUGGCUUCAACCGGUGCGCAUGCCGUGGGGAAGACGUGGUGGCGUUCUCCGAAUUGCGAUCGUGGCAGGCAUCGGAGUGCUCCCUGCACUUCGCACCAUGGCAGCCUGUCCGGAAAAGAGGCCCAAGUUGACCCCAAAGCUUGACUCGAAAGUCUUUGGGAAGUGGUACUGGGAGGUGAAAGAGCUGGCUGCGUUUCUCAGAGAGCAAGGCCUCUCCAGCAGCGGCCUCAAGGCCGACCUCACCCAGCGAGUUUCUGACUUCCUACGUACGGGCCGCGUUGCAGAGAGACGGGUUGCAGCUGGCAAGGGACCUCGAGAUAGCGCGAUUCCGGGGGGAUUGAAGGUGAGUACCCCGGUGGAAAACUACAACAACGAUGCUGCCACCCGAAGUUUCUUUGAAAAGCACGUGGAGGGCUUCCGUUUCAAUGAGUACCUCCGCAGCUUUUCGAAAGGAGUCCCCGAGGGCCAAAAACUGACCUAUGGUGAUUUGAUUGAAGGUUGGAAGAAAGCUGAGAAGGAGCGCAGUGAAGGGAAGCAGGAGAUUGGCAAACAGUUCGAGUACAACCAGUUCACGCGCGACUUCUUCGCCGCCAACCCUGGCAGCUCCCGAAAGGAGAUGAUGGACGCCUGGAGAGCCAUCCGCAAUUGUGAAGGUCCAAACACCUACAAGGAAUUUCUGCGGCUCAACCGUGCCGGGGGCAGCUAGUAGCUGUUUCGUGACAACAGCGUGCCCAACCCUUGGCAAAGAAA